AGGUGUCGCAGGCACACAAAGGAGGAAGUGAUGCCAAACCUAGAGUGUCGAAAAACAGAGUGACAGAGAGCGGGAUUUGGAGAGCAUGUAAGAAAGAAUGAAGAAAAUCAAGACGACGAGAAAAUAGCAAAUAAGUUAAGAAACUGACAGAUGAGUAGGAGGAGCUGCUGGCUAAGAGAAACACUGGAAGAGCAGUAAGAGCAUGUGAAGCAGACAGAAAGCAAGAUGCAAUAGUGAAAGAAGAGAUGGACUAGUGUACGCCACACCAUCAACAUUAUAAUGUGUGUUUCCUCUCCUGCCAGCUAGCAGCAGUAAAUUGGGAGGUGUUAGAGAGCGGCGAGCGGUGGGCAUAUGGUGCCGUGCUGACUGCUUCAUCUGCACUGCACAUGGCGGACAGGGCCAGUCAGUGGAACAGAGACAGGUGCGAUCCUGAAUCUGGGAUCUCAUCGGAAAACACCCGAGUCCACAGAACAAGCAGCAGAAGGUCCUCAUGGACAAACGGUCAGUGUGUAGUGGCUGUACCAACAUCCUCUAUAUUAACACCAAGCUUCGACCUGGAACUCUGCAGGACACAGCUGGAGAAAGAAGGCUUCCAUAUCCCUGUCGAGGACUUUGAGACUCCUCUCAGAACAGCGCUGGAACCUCCUUCCAUCAGAAGAUACCUGUUCUUCAACUCAUCUCUGUUUCAUUUCAUCAUGGCCCCAAUUGUGUAUGUGGUUCUUUGGUGUGCCGUGUACUCCAGCCUGCACCGUUACCUCAAUGAGAGCAUCAUAAACCUCUGGGUUCUGUGUCUGUGUGUGAGCCUUAUCGUUGUCAUCAUCACCGCCGCCAUCAUCCUCGUCUUCCACUACAACAACAAAGAGAUCAACGUGAAUACUGAUGUGCGUCUGGUGCAAGUGAACGAGCGGCUCAUCGGGCACGGUCUGCUCCUGGGGGUAGCGGACUGGAUUGAAAAGUGCACUGGGAAAAUGCAGCUUUGUUGUGUGUUCUGGGACUUAGGUCCUUGCCUGCAAACCCUGACUGAAACAUUAGAGGAACUGGACUUAGUCAGAGAUGAGAUAAAGAAGAAACUGAAGAAAAGAAUGUCCCACCUCACUGUAGUGGCUGAAGUCCCGCCCCCUGAGCCGGAUGCUGGCGAGAUCGGCGAGGAUCCUGAUGAAGAGCACCCCCUGCUGGGAGGGGGCAGAGAGAGUCGCACUCUACCCAAGAAAAGACAAGAAGUUAUACUGACCCAAACAUUUAGUCUGUUACCAGACUUCACCCUCUCAUAUCAGGACAUUGCAAACCACCUUUUGAUGAUCUACAGUGCUGUCUAUGUGAAGCUGCUGGUGUCACAGAGGCUUCCCAGUUCCUCACAUGGCCCUCUAGAUUCCGAGAGGAAUCACUGCGCAAUGGCGUCACUUUGUCUUUGUCAGUAUGUUCAAUACAAACUCCUGCAGUAGAGAGACUCAAGCUGGGAAAGACUGCCUGCAAUGCAUUUCUGUAGAAAUGCUCAAUAGUGGCAGUGUGCACAAACCUGAGCCUGCUGUUCUAUAAAUGUUCUUUAAAUUAUUUUUUAAGCUGCUUUGUGAAAUAUAAAUAUAUUUCCUCAUUUAAAGUGGUGAGUUGCGAUGUUCUAAUGUGGUUCUUACAUAAAGAUUGUGUAAGAAGAGAAAGCAAGAGAGAGAGAGAGAGUCACUGAUGCAUUUCAGAGAUUAUGCUCAGGCUGUCAGCAUGAAUCAGAAAACGAGUCAGUGAAUCUGUACAUAACUGCAUGUGGUGGAAAAACUCAUUCUAAUUUAGCAGAGCAUAUGACAACACGGCUUAAUAGAGAACAAGGGAAUGUAACAGAAAGGAAGUGGAGGCAAGUAUUACAGUGCAAUGUAACACACUUUCAAUUUCACACUUUACAAUUUCAGUGAAUAAGGCAGCACUGUGAAAUGUAACAGCACAGGAAGGAAGAGAGCACAAUGCAAGGACAGAGAUGAAGGCAGUAGAAUGAAAGGUACCACAGGACACACAGUGUAAUGUAACAGCACAGGUAGGAAGGCAGGAUAGUGAAAGGUACCACAGGACACACAGUGUAAUGUAACAGCACAGGUAGGAAGGCAGGAUAGUGAAAGGUAACACAGGACAGGGAGGAAAACAGCAGAGCUUAAUGUAACAUAGCACAGUGUAAUGGAACACAGCAAAGGGAAGAAAGCAGUAGUGUAAUUUUAGGCAUCACAGGAAAGAAGGCCAUAGAGUGUAAUGUAACAGCACACAGGAGGAAGGCAGCAAAGUGAAAUGUAACAUAGCACAGUGUAAUGUAACACAGCACAGUGUAAUGUAACACAGCCCAAGAAAGAAGGCAGAACAGUGGCAUCACAGGAAAGAAGGCCAUAGAGUGUAAUGUAACAGCAAAGGGAGGAAGGCAGCACAGUGUUAUGCAACACAACACAGUAUAAUGUUACACAGCACGGGGAAGAAGGCAGCACAGUGUAAUUUUACACAGCACAGUGUAAUGUAACACAGCACAGGGAGGAAGGUAAUAUAGUGUAAUGUAUCACAGCACAGGGAGGAAGGCAAUAGAGUGUAAUGUAACACAGCACAGGGGGGAAGGUAAUAUAGUGUAAUGUAACACAGCACAGGGAGGAAGGUAAUAGAGUGUAAUGUAACACAGCACAGUGUAAUGUAACACAGCACAGGGAGGAAGGCAAUAGAGUGUAAUGUAACACAGCACAGAGAAAAAGGCAGCACAAGGAGUGGGCUAUAUGAGAAUAAUAUUAUAUCACAAUCACAUGAACUUCAGAGAUCUUUUUGCUCAGAAUUUAUGAAAAGCAAGUAGUAAACAACUGGUAACAAAAUACUUUUUAAUAUUUGGUUACAUUUUACGGCAAGUAACUAAUGUGUUAUACACUAAUGUGUUAUAAUGUGAUAAUGACUACAUUUCAAAAACUAUCACAAUCUUAUGCUAUCAUGACACUGAUAUCAUAUCGUCAUAAUGUCCAGCCAGAAAUAAUGUAAUACAGCACAGUGGAAUGUAACGGAGCACAAGAAGAAAACACUGAUGCAUUGCGGAGUGACUGCUCAUUGAGUAAAUGGACAUGGUGAAAGAAGCGGUGAAAAUUUGAGCUGGAAAGACAGAAGCAUGUGAUGGAGGAGGCAGCGUGAGGCCUGCUUAAA